CUUUCGCCUCUUCUUUUCAAUUGUUUUUUUUUUGUUCUCUUCAAUAAGUUGCGAAAUGAGUUUUGCCUUGAAAUUAACCUGCAACAAAUGUCAAACACAGUACACAAAUUCGAAUUAACUUUUCAAAAUUUUUAGUUCAGUUACGAUCUAGUGCAUGCCUUUGGCAGAAGAAGUGCGUCCGCCCCGAUAUUAAGGAACAAGUUUACCGGCUUGCGAUCACGAAUAUCGGGCGAAGAACAAUCUAUGGAUGAUUUAUUUUUACAUGUCAAAUAAUAAGGAUUUAUUAACGUAUUACACAUUUCGAAAUGUACGCCUGGGGGUCAACAUCAAAUGGGGAACUGGGUGUUGGAGGAAUUGAAGAGGAGAACAUCUACACACCCGUUGAACUCCAAUGGUCAGAGGCUGAUAAAGUGACCUAUGCAGCAUGCGGAAGUGGACACACAAUAUUCAUCACGAAUGAAGGGAAAUUGUACUCAUGUGGAAACAAUGAUUAUGGGCAGUUGGGCCAUGGGCAGCCUAGAAAACGGCCACAGGAAGUCUCUGGUUUAGAGAAUUAUGAAAUUGUGAGUGUUGCAUGUGGUUCUUCGCAUUCAAUGGCUCUGAACCAGUGGGGUGAAGUCUUUUCUUGGGGUUCUGACAGUUAUGGACAGCUGGGACACACGUUAGGACAAACACCUCAGAUGCACCCAAAAAUAAUUAAAGCACUCGCAACAUUCAAUAUAGUCCAAAUUGCUUGUGGUUACAGACAUUCCAUAGCUCUGACUAAUAGUGGCGAUAUAUUGACAUGGGGCGCCAAUGAUUAUGGUCAGUUGGGUAUUGGCAAGGAGAGCAUCAAGGAAUGCUAUCCAACCAUAGUUUCCUCCUUGUCUGGAAUUCCAAUGAGCUACAUAGCAUGCGGCGGAAAUCAUUCUUUUGCUGUAACAAAAUCCGGUGCGGUGUUCGGAUGGGGAAAGAAUUCCAAUGGACAAUUGGGCUUAAACGAUACAGAAUCUAAAUCGUACCCCUGUCAUUUGAGGACCUUAAGACCAAUUCGAGUUCAAUAUAUAUCGUGCGGCGAAAAUUACUCGACAUUCCUGACUCUCGAUGGUGGUGUUUUCACGUGUGGCGCUGGAAUGUAUGGUCAGUUGGGCCAUGGAACUACCUCGAACGAAAUAGUUCCAAGACAAGUUCUUGAAUUAAUGGGUUCGAAAAUAUCGCAGUUGCAAUGCGGAAGACAACACACAUUGGCUUUAGUUCCAUCGCGCGAUCGCAUUUACAGUUUUGGAUUGGGCGGCGCGGGUCAAUUGGGCGCUAAAAAAUCAAUAAACUCUUCGACUCCUCAAAUAGUUGCGGGUCCUUGGAUAGGUACAUCUAGGAUUAACAGGAUCUUUGCUGGAGGCGAUCAUUGCUUCGCGAAACUAUUGAGCGAAGCGUCAACAGAGUCUCCUUAUGAUUGCCGAGUGUUAUCUGCAAAUACCCAAAUACUGAAUGUUAGUGAGGACAUUUUGAAUAAUUGUUUGAGCAUCAGCAAGGACGGAAUCGUGGACCAAGAAACUUUGACGUACUUGGAAACGGUUUUCAAAAGUCUUUCGUGCAUCAAUGGUUCAUUCCUCUUACCAAAUACGGAACAUUUCUUUUGCUCCAGUAAGCAUCACGGUAUUGACUUGGAGAAAGUUGCAAGGACUUUUUCAACUAUUGGCAAAUUGGAAAAUGAUACUGUUAAAGAAGUGAUUAAGAAUUGUAUCAUGGAUGAUCUCUUGAAGAAGUUGACACCUUCACCACCAGACGUUGAAGCUUUAAGGGUCUACAUCACGUUACCUUUCUAUCAUGAAUUCAAUAACCCAAAAGAACAUUUAAAAUUACACAAACCAUUUGCUAGUUCCUUACUUACUUUGAAGGUGCAAGCCACCAGAGUCGUGGAAUCUUGGUGGAGCAAAUUACCAACGGAAUAUUACGAGAAAUUGGUCUCUAUGUUUAAAGACGUAGUUAUUUUUAUUAUAAGAAAUCAACGUAUUCCACGCACAGAGACUGCAACAUUAGAUAACACUCUUAUAAGUAUGUUGAAUAUCUUGGCUCGUUUGAACAAGCUUAAUCACACGAUGGAUGGACAGAAAGUGCCUUACGAUACAUUUCAUAUAGUCGAUCUGGAAGAUUAUCUGGAUGUUCGUGUAGAUUACGUUUCCUGGCUAAACGACAACACCGAAAAGUUAUAUCUAUGUAAUUAUCCCUUCUUAUUUGAUUCUCAAGCUAAGACGGCUUUAUUGGAAGCGGACCAAACUAUCCAGAUGUGCAGCGCUAUGAACCAGGCCGCUCAACAUGCUCUAUUUUUAACACUCUUGAGUUCUGAUGUUUCUAGAGUACAUCAAUAUUUGAUGCUGAACGUGUCGCGCGAACAUAUCGUCGAAGAUGCCUUGCGUGAGUUAGCUAACGUUUCCAGCAAUGAUCUCAAAAAACCUUUGAAGGUCAAAUUUUACGGAGAGGAAGCGGAAGACGCGGGCGGCGUUAGAAAGGAAUUCUUCAUGCUGCUUCUGCGAAACAUUCUGGAUCCAAAGUAUGGAAUGUUCAAAGAAUACGAAGAGACAAGGAGCAUAUGGUUCUCGGAAGAUUCUUUCGAGGAUGAAAUGAUGUACUUCCUGAUUGGCUUGAUAUGCGGACUCGCCAUUUACAAUUUUACCAUAAUUGAUAUUCCAUUCCCAUUGGUCCUCUACAAGAAGCUACUGAAAGAGCAUGUUAAUCUUUCCGACGUCAAAUCUCUUUCCCCAACAAUCGCCAACUCGCUGCAAUCACUAUUGGACUACCAAGAAGAUGAUUUGGAAGAAGUGUUUAGUUUGACAUUUGAAAUCAGCAGAGACGUAUACGGGGUUGUGAGAUCUAUACCGUUGAAACCUGAAAGCGAUACACCUGUGACCCAAAGAAAUAAAUAUGAGUACGUCGAACUAUAUGUUGAUUAUCUGUUAAACAAAUCAGUUAAAGAUCAUUACACCGCGUUUUCUAAAGGAUUCAUGAAAGUCUGCGGUGGAAGGGUUUUAGAACUGUUUCAUUCGCACGAAUUGAUGGCUGUAGUCGUGGGCAACGAAAAUUACGAUUGGCACGCUUUGGAGGAUGCUGCUGAUUACAAGAAUGGUUAUAAAUCGUCCGACGAGGUCAUCAGAUGGUUCUGGGAAGUUUUGCAUGACAUGUCACUGGAAGACAAGAAGAAAUUUUUAUUGUUCUUAACCGGAAGUGAUCGAAUUCCAAUCCAAGGAAUGAAAGCAAUAAAGAUUAUUUUUCAACCAACUAAUGAUGAUAAAUGUUUACCAGUUGCCCACACGUGCUUCAAUCUGCUAGAUUUGCCAAGAUACAGGACAAAAGAACGCUUGAAGUAUAAAUUAUUGCAAGCAAUACAGCAAACCCAGGGUUUCUCCCUGGUUUGAUUCCUAUUGUUAUAAUAUAAUAUAUUUUUUAACUUAUUUAUUCGUAUUGUGCUUUCUUACUUGAUAACGAUUUCUAAUUUUAAGUUGAUAUUACAUUUUAAUCUCGCUAAAGACCAUGUUUCUCUAUUUAGAACGUUAUUUGCUUUGUUUGUAUUUAGUUUUCUAUUUGUUCCAAGUUGUUUCUAGUCCGUACAGGAUCCUAAUAAUUGUUUAAAAGAAAUAUCCAAUAUUUUUAUUAUGAGCUGUUGACAAUUGAAUAGGAUUGAAAUAAAAGGAGAACAUACUUAA